UGAGCCUCCGGCGUGAGAGGGAAACCACGACUGGAGUACGGCGCGUGCGCAGAGUUGGGAUUGCGAUUGCGAUCCCUCUUCUGCGGUGGUUCUGGUUCCCGCAGAACUUUGGGGGUGGAGACUAAACCUGGGGCCAGGUCCUGAACACACACGGGUCCUCUCCAUGAGCGCCUCGGGCUUCCUCCGUUUUCCUGCACCCCUGACCAGAAGGUGCAUGGUGCCGUGGGGACUCUGGCUCAGGGAGAGGCCAGCCUUGUUAUCUCCAGGAACAGCCGUCACCCCGGCCCAGAUGGCAGGCAGGAAGGACCGCCCUGCUCUGCUUUCCCUGGAUGAGAGUGAACUGGAAGAGCAGUUUGUGAAAGGACAUGGUCCAGGGGGCCAGGCCACCAACAAAACCAGCAACUGCGUGGUGCUGAAGCACAUCCCGUCGGGCCUCGUCGUCAAGUGCCAUCAGACAAGAUCCGUCGAUCAAAACAGAAAGCUAGCUCGGAAAAUCCUACAAGAGAAAGUGGACGUUUUCUACAACGGUGAAAACAGUCUUGUUUACAAAGACAAGCGAGAGGCAGAGAAGAAAAAGCAAGAAAGGAAGAAAAGAGCAAAGGAAACCCUAGAAAAAAAGAAACGACUGAAAGAACUCUGGGAAUCAAGUAAAAAUGUCCAGGGAGAAAGAAGUGCAGAUUCUGACUGAAGAACGCCAGAUGCUUUCAGGGAGUAAUGGCGGUAAGUUCCAUCACCAGAGUCAUUAGAGAUUUUUGACAGGUUUAAGAGACGUGAAAUGUUUUAAAUGGCAGACUAAACUGUAGUGACCAGAGGUGCACACUUCGAGAGUAAAUCUGAGAGAAACAAGGAAGUCACUACGGUAAAGGGACAGUGGCUGUAGGGGGGACAGAGGUUGUCACUGUGAAGUGGUACUUGGAGGAGGUGUCCCUGGGGUGGCUGACAGUUCUAGUUCUUGACUUGGGCAGUAGGUAGAAGGAUGUUGCCUGAUUUCUUGAAGCUGUACAUUUGUGUGAUUGUAUCUUAUUAUCAAAGGUUAGAAAUAAAAAUAUUUUUUGGAAAAAGUAUUAGUAAGGUCCCUUUUUAUGGAGAACUGUAGAAGAGACAAACAGUAAUCGCAUUUAGUGUCACUGUGUCAUCUGCUGGGAGGUCACUGCUUAGUGAUAAUUAGAUGUCAGUCAGCUUAAUGUCAGGUUAAGAGAAUAAAAGCAAAAACAAGAUGGCAAAGAUUUACAAGUUAGUGAGUUAUUUCCCCAUUUACCCCAUUAGCUUAUUAGACUAUGUGACCAAAUCACCUCUCUGACAUG